UAUUUUUCUGGGGUGUCCUUUUUAUGUCUCUCUCUACGGGGAUAUGGUCCGGUAAGGGUUAAUUCUUCAGCAUACCAAGACAUUUUGGACCAUGUUUUGCUUCCAACUUUGUGGCAACCGUUUGGGGAAGGCCCUUUUCUAUUCCAACAUGACUGUGCCCCAGUGCACAAAGCAAGGACUAUAAAGACAUGGUUUGAUGAGUUUGGUAUGGAAAAACUUGACUGGCCCGCACAGAGCCCUAACCUUAACCCCAUCAAGCACCUUUGGGAUGAACUGGAACGGAGUCCAACAUCAGUGCCUGCCCUUAUAAAUGCUCCAUGAAAGGGCACCAAUUUCCACAGAAAGAAGAGUGAAAGCUGUUAUAGCUGCAAAAGGGGGACCAACUCCAUAUUAAAGUAUAUGUAUUUUAAUACAAUGUAAUUACAGUCCCUGUUGGUGUAAUGGUCAGGCGGCCGAAUACUAAAAAGCUAUAAAUAAAGCGUAUUAUUUUUGUUAUUGGUGUUUUUUUUUGCUGGGCGCAGUUUUUGGCGCCUCGCUCUGGGUGGCGCUCUAGGCAACCACAUAUGUCGCCUUUUCAUGGGAUGUGACAUCACUGUGUUUAAGCGCCAUAUUUGUGUACGACACGGACACCUAUGCGUCGGUCACAACCCACAGAAAGUUCAAAAUGCCCGGGAUAUGUUGUGCUGUUGGAUGCGACAACAGUCGCCAAAGAAACCCAGAUAUACAAUUUCAUUCUAUUCCAAAAAAUUUAGAUCGGCGGAAUAAAUGGUUGGCUGCAAUUAGAAGAGACAACUGGCAGCCAACAUCUAACUCCAGAUUGUGCAGUCAACACUUUGUAUCCGGGAAAAGUGAGAACCCCAUGAGCCCUGAUUAUGUACCCAGUCUGUUUGUACACACUUCAGCUGGACAGCGGCAGAAAAACGCCUAUGCCAACAGAAGGUUUGAGCAUACCCAGCAGAUGAAACGCAAAAGGACUGAGACUUUGGCCCCUAUAAAUUAUUACGCCUACCAUGAGACUGUGGCCGCUUCCAGCACCAGUGAUGACACUGAGCAAGAUGACAACAUGGAAGUACGGGCAGAAUGCACGAAGGGUGAGCACAAUUACUCCCAAGCCAUGCAUAGCCCAUGCAUCGUGGGACCAUGCUCGAAAGCAGCCUGCCGAGCUACAGUCAAGGCAUUGACAGAUGAAUGUGCACAAUUUACAGCUGAGAUUCAUCGUCUAAAGGACAACGCUGAUGAGCUGUCUUUGAGCGAAGAGGCUUCCAAAGGAAAUUAUGACAUGUCCAAGCAGGACAAAUCAGCAACAUACCAAGACUAUGAAGACCCCAUCCAGCCAGAGCUUGUGUCUGCGACCAACAUAUUCCGGACAAAGAUUCUGUCUCUCAUGGAGUCUUUUAUGGUGAGGACGACAUCAGAAAUCGUCUCCUUAUUUGACGAAAUUUAUAUGGGAGCUGAAAUUAAGUUAAUGCAGAAGAGAAAGGAAGUGGAAGCCCUCACAGAGAGACUGAAGGAGAGCGAGCGAUUGUGUGCUCAGAAUGUGUGUCACAACCUGCCAGACCUCAAAGUGGAGAGAGGACAGGAGCUUUUGGAAAGUGUCCUGUCCUAUGGACAAUCCGUCCCAGAAAAGACAGAGACUGUGGAGGUUUCCCUGGAGUGUGUGGUGCUGAAGGCAGAGGAAUCAAUGACCCCAGAACCAGUGGUGCUGCCAUGUGAGUACCAGCUGGAUUCAAGCAGUGCAACUGACAAUCAGCAGGAGCCCCUGAGCAGAGCUGAGGAGGAGCUGCUGGGUGCUCCAGUUGAAGAAGAAGAGGGAGCUGAGAGCCCGCCCCCUCCUGUAGGGCAGUCACUCCAAAUGGAGCAGGAAACAACACGCUCUGCUGCCACAGCAGGACAAGGAUCCAGCGUGGCUGCACAGGACUCUGCCAGUGUGAGGCAGAAUCAGGUACUCAAUGGUGCUCCAGAGUCAGACCCUCCUGCUGUUCGACGCCGUGGUCGGCCUCCUGGUAGGAAGAACUUCAUCUCCUCUUCAUCACAGCACACAAGUUCUUCUCAGGCCCUGCAAACUGAAGAUGAUGUAAAUGCAAUGGGGCUCACUAAAAAACCUAAAAAAAGAUUGCGGCUUCGAGACUUUCCUACUUGGCAGGAGUUCAAAAAGCAGUGCCUGGUGUCAAGCUCUUCAAAUAUUUCCCCAGAUGACCACUCCUCCGUUGAGCAGGAGCCCCUGAGCAGAGCUGAGGAGGAGCUGCUGGGUGCUCCAUUUGAAGAAGAAGAGGGAGCUGAGAGCCCGCCCCCUCCUGUAGGGCAGUCACUCCAAAUGGAGCAGGAAACAACACGCUCUGCUGCCACAGCAGGACAAGGAUCCAGCGUGGCUGCACAUGACUCUGCCAGUGUGAGGCAGAAUCAGGUACUCAAUGGUGCUCCAGAGUCAGACCCUCCUGCUACUCGACGCCGUGGUCGGUCUGCGGGUUGGAGCUCAGUUUCUUCGUCAGCACCAGGGACAACCUUUCACCUCAGAAGCCGCUUGGCCGCAAUGAGCACCAACAGCAGACCUCACGAGAAUUUAGAGGGGCUGGAUAGCUCUCCACGUGUGGAUGCAUCUACAGAGGAGGCUACAGAUGAUUGUUUGACUUCUGAACCCGAGACUGAAAAUCCCGCUGAUAUGGAUGUGAAAUCCACUGCUGUCAUGAUGCAGACUGAGAACUGUAAAGCCAUUGAGAAUUCAGGAGAUGGGUAUCAACGGAGUGAAGAAGACAUAUCAUUAAAAAGAAGGUCAGCAGUGAAGAGUGAGAAGAUUCAAAGAAAAAAACGAAGAAUGAUGGAUCAAGAGUGCAAACAUGAUGUGAAUGGUGCUCUGUAUCCCUUUGAAAAGAUUCUUCAGAAAAGAACUGCAGCUGAUGGUCAAGAGGAGGUGAGAGUGAAAUGGUGGCCUUGUUCUUCGUGUGGCGCAAAAUGGAGCAACUCCUGGGAGCCAGCCUAGAAGAGGAGGAGGCUGUGUCGCUGAUCUUAUUCAACUUCUUACGUUCUAGUCAUUUGAUUGGCUAAGAGGUAUUCAAAAAGUGCUGAGAUCAUCAGGUAGAUUUGGAUACUGGCACAUUUGAAUGCUUUUGUGUCUCUGCUUUUGUGGAGAACAUAAAAAGGACCAAAACGCAUUAGGUACACUAUAGGUAAAUGUGUAGAAUAGCAGGACUCCUUCAAUUUGAUAACCAUCCCUUGCAACACUUUUUGCAGAUUUUAGAUGGCUUUUGUGGAUGUCUUUAGAACAGACUUAGCUUUUCUAUUUUUCACCAUUGACAACUUGAAAGUAUGUGCAAAUGCCAGGCAUCGAUCCUUGUACAUUUAAUUGCUUUGGGAUGUUUAUGGAUACACUUUGUCACUCCCAUUUUUUUGUGAUAAGUCAGUGGAGACUUGUCAUCUUUCAGCCGAGUUCUGAAUUUACAGUUGAAUUUGUUUUCUACUAACAAGACUGGUUUGCCAUCCUGUUCAUAUAAAAUCAAUAAAACCCUAAUUUUGUAUCAUA